CAUCACUUUGUUUGCUCGGGUCUGCAGUCGCUUCUGCUCAUCUGACAUCCUGACAUUAGCGGGGGGACGAAAAGAAACCAAGAAGCAGAUUUUUUUCUUCUUCUCAGAGAUGUCUCGGUACCACAAAGCAGCGAUUGAUGGAUACUUGGACCUCUUGAAGGAGGCCACAGUGAAGGACCUGAAUACUCCGGAUGAGGAUGGCAUGACUCCCACCAUACUGGCUGCUUUUCACGGACACAUCGACGCUCUUCAGCUCAUAUGCAGCAGAAAAGGAGAUCCCAACAGGAGUGACAUCUGGGGAAACACACCCUUGCACCAUGCAGCAGCUAACGGCCACAUGCACAUCAUCAGCUUUCUGGUCAACUUCGGUGCAAACCUUUUUGCUCUGGACAAUGAAUUCCACACUGCAAUGGAUGUUGCUGCCUCUCGAGACCACAUGGACUGUGUGCGCUUCCUUGAUGCCGCUGCUGCAAAGCAGACCAACCAAAAUCCAAAAAAGGUCGCCAAUCUGAAGAAGGAGGCCACCAAAGAGGCAGAGAAACGUGUGAAACUCUGCGAGAAGGUGAAGAAGAGACACCAGAACAAGAUGGAUAAAAUGCAACGUGGCAGCAUCAAGUCUGUUUCAGAGGCAAGCAAUCAAACAAUGUCAAAUGAUGAUAGCAGUCCGGGUGUCAAUGAGCAGUACUCCAAGCUCAUCUCUGACAACAAAACUGGCUCGAUUAAAGGCACACUCCUGAAGAAGUUUGGGAAGAAAGACAAGGGCACAUUGCAGAAGCAAGGAGGAAAUGGGAACGUUAUCUUCCUCAAACCGGAGAGCGGAUCAUUUGAGAAACCAGAGUUUGUGGACGUCUUCAACGAACAGGAUGAGAACAUGUUAGAUGAAGAUGAAACUGGAGACUUCAGAGACGAUGAUGACGGUGAAGGCCAAGUCCAACAAUCCAUCUUCAACCGGCCCGGCCUUGGAGGUCUGAUUUUCAGGAAGAAGAUGGGGCUGGAGUCUGAGGACAUCCCCAGUGGUACCAAUGAGAAUCUUGGUUACCUCAUUCAGAACGAGCUGUUUGAGGCAGAUGAAGACGCGUCUGGCUUGGAGACUAGAGACGAUGUGCUGCCGUGGGAACAGGAAGAUCUGGGACUGGAUGAUGAUGACGAAGAAGAGGAAACCUCUCCGCUGGAUGUGUUCCUGUCCUCUAUCUCCUUGCCAGAAUUUACCCCAGCAUUCAACAGAGAGCACCUUGACUUGGAGGCACUCAUGCUUUGCUCUGAUGAAGACCUCAAAGGGAUUCGCAUCCAGCUUGGACCCAGGAAGAAGAUCCUGGAAGCUGUUGCUCGCAGAAGAAAUGCACUGGAGACUCCGGGCAUCAUGAAGGACAGAUCCUUGUGAUCUGAAGUUAUUUAAACUCCUGGUGGAAAUUUAAAAGAAGUUAUUUGUAAGUUUGAUUUCUGUGUAAAAUAAUGAUGAUUUAGCAAGCUACAAUCCCCAUAAAAAUGCCAACAUUUGAAACUGAUCAAACUUUUUAAAAAAUAUUAUGACAUUAUGUUUUGUUUAUAUCUGUUAUUUCUGGUUAAAAGUGGCAAGGCAGCAUCAACAAACAGAGAGAAAAAGAGAGAAGAAAAUGAUAAUUAUGGGAAAUAAUAACGAAUAAAAGAAAUAUGUAGAAAAAACGAGAUGUGUUGGUACAGACCUGCUGAUUGAUUUUCUCCACAAAUAUGGUGACACAUGGCUGAUUUGUUUGUGCAGCUGCAUGCAUGAAGCAGACGGGCUGCAGCAGCAGAAGACCACACUGGGUGCCACUCCUGUCAGCUAAGAAAAGGAAAUUGACACUACAGUUUGUACAGGCUCACCACAUUUGGACAAUAAGAGUUUAAAAUGUUGCCUGGUCUGAUGAGUCUCAGUUUUUUCUGCAGCAUUCAGAUGGUAGGGUCACAAAAAGUGCAUAAAAACAGGAAAGCAUGGAUCCAUCCUGCCUUGUGUCAGUGGCUCAUGCUGUUGAUGAUGGUGGUGUAAUGGUACGGGGAACACUUUUGGCCCUUUAGUAUCAACUGAGCAUCAUUUAAACACCACAGCCUACCUGAGUAUCAUUGCUGCCCGUGUCCAUCCUUAUGUGACUGCAGGGCAGCCAUCUUCUGAUGGCUGCUUCCAGCAGGAUAAUGCUCCUUGUCACAAAGCUCAAAUCAUCUCAAACUGGUUUCUUGAACAUAACAGUGAGGUCGCUGUACUUCAAUGGCGUCCACACUCACCAGAUCUCAGUCCAAUAGAGCACUUUUGGGAUGCGGUGGAACAGGAGAUUCACAUCAUGGAUGUGUGGCUGACAAAUCUGCAGCAGUCCUCUGAGAAAUGUUUACAGCACCUUGUUGAAUCUGUGCCACGAAGACUUAAAGCAGUUUGGAAGGCCACAGCGGGUCCAACUUUUUUCUAGCACGGUGCACCUAAUGAAGUGACUUUAUUACUUUUAACAUGGAAGAAAGAAAAGCUACUUUCAGCUGCUCCUUUGUUCACAAGAGGUCACCAUCAUGUUUGAUUCGGCAGAUUUUUGUCCUGACGCCCUUCCUGAUGCAACCUAAAAAGGAAAGACUUAAAAUAGCUAUGGUUGAUUUUAAUUGAUAAAUUUGCCAUAGAUUUAACAAAAACAAUGAAAGAGACUUAAUGUGAUGCUUAAAUACAUGUUCUGUAAUCUCUGUGCUUUUAGACGCCUUUGUGUGUUUUAAACACAUCCUUUUCAUCAAAAAUAUACAUAUCCAUUAAAUUGUUUCUGUUAAAACUGUGUAAUCCAAAUGGAUGAUAAAAAAUGAUAAAUAA